UCCUCUUAAGCUUUUUAGCGAUACUUCCCUUGGGGCCGCUGUGGUAGCGUCACCACCCAUUGAAGUUGCUACCGGACGUUUUGUUUAUUUUACUUCGGCGGUCAGGAAGUUGUGCUGCUAGUGGUGUUGCUGUGGAUAAGUAAUAUUGUAGAGGACUGGUUGGGAAUUUUGAGUGUAUUUUUUGGGCGAGUGACGAAGAAGUGGAAUAUAUUUAGUCUUUUUAGAAGAACUAGGGUUUGAGUUUCGUAGUUGAAGGGUUGAAGUGCGGUUGAGAAGUGGAGUGGCGUUUUCUUUGAGGAUUUAUUGAGGGUUCUGGGAAGACGAAUCAGUGAAGGGGAGUUUGUUUUGAGCGUCUUUGAGAGGACGUGAAUUUUGCGUUUGGAAGUUUUAGGGUUUGCGGGCGAAGAUGGAGACGGAUACGGUGAAAGAGAUUGCAAGGGUGCAGGAGGAGCGGCGGAAGCAUGAAGCGGAGUUGGCAAAGAUGACGUCGUUGAGUUUCGACAAGGAUUUGUAUGGGGAGUCGAACAGGUUCGAAGGUUAUGAGCGCUCAAUUGCUCUGAAUGACGAUGACGACGAGCCGCAGGAUGCAACUGAGAGGGAAGUGGCGAAAAAGCUUGCUUCCUACACUGCGCCGAAGAAUUUGAUUAACGACAUUCCUCGAGGUGAAGUAGUUGACGAUGGUAUUGGAUUUAAGAAGCCGUCGCGGAUUAUUGAUAGGGAGGAUGACUAUCGUAGGCAGCGUCUGAAUCGUAUUAUUUCUCCUGAGCGACAUGAUGCAUUUGCUAUGGGUGAUGCCACUCCGGACGAGCGGGUUCGGACUUACGCGGAUAUUAUGAAAGAGGAGCGGACCAGGCGAGAGAAGGAGGAGACAUUGAAGUUGAUUGCUAAGAAGAAGGAGGAAGAUGCAGAAAGAAGGGCUCAUGAAGAAUCAUUGGCGCCAACCAAAGCUCAGCAAGCAGCUACUAAAUCUGUACAGGCCCCUGCCGCCGCUGCGGCGCCAGCCGCACCGACUACCGGAAGUAAGAGAAGAAACAGGUGGGAUCAAAAUCAAGAACAGGAGGAGCCAAAGAAGGCCAAGACAUCUUCAGAUUGGGAUGGACCCGAGGCGGCGGUUGGCCCUAGCCGUUGGGACGCUACACCCACUCCAGGACGCGCAAAUCUGGAUGCUACACCCAUGGCGGCUUCUAGGCGUAAUCGAUGGGACGAAACGCCCACACCAGGACGAGCAUCGGAUGCAGAUGCAACGCCGGGCGCAGGUGCGACUCCAGGCGCUACGCCGGCAGGCAUGACAUGGGAUGCAACUCCGAAACUCGCAGGAAUGGCCACUCCUGGGAAGAAGCAGCGAUCUCGAUGGGACGAAACGCCUGCAUCCAUGGGGAGUGUUACUCCUUUACCAGGGGCCACUCCAUCCAUGUUCACUCCUGGAGUCACUCCUAUUGGAGGCAUCGAGCUUGCCACUCCAACGCCAGGUCAAAUUGCACUCCGGGGGCCCAUGACGCCUGAACAAGUCAAUAUGUUACGAUGGGAGAAAGACAUCGAGGAGAGGAAUAGGCCAUUGUCAGAUGAGGAAUUGGAGUCCAUGUUUCCCAUGGAGGGUUACAAGAUUUUAGAGCCCCCCGCUUCUUACAUGCCCAUCAGAACCCCUGCCCGGAAGCUUUUGGCUACGCCGACCCCUUUGGGUGGCACACCGCUGUAUCAAAUUCCCGAGGAGGAUCGCACUCAGCAAUACGAUGUCCCGAAGGAGGCAGCUGGAGGACUACCUUUCCUGAAACCUGAGGACUAUCAGUACUUCGGAGCCUUGUUAAGUGAGAAAGAAGAAGAGGAAAUGACCGCAGAAGAGAGUAAGGAGCGUAAAAUUAUGAAGCUCUUGCUGAAGGUGAAGAACGGCACUCCUCCUCAAAGGAAAACGUCGUUGCGGCAGCUGACUGAUAAAGCGAGAGAAUUCGGAGCUGGACCUUUGUUUAACCAGAUCUUGCCUUUGCUCAUGUCUCCUACGCUUGAGGAUCAGGAGAGGCAUCUGCUCGUGAAGGUUAUUGACAGGGUGUUAUACAAAUUGGAUGAAUUGGUCAGGCCUUUCGUUCACAAGAUCCUUGUGGUCAUUGAGCCCCUUCUUAUUGAUGAGGACUACUAUGCCCGUGUGGAAGGCCGGGAAAUCAUUUCCAAUCUGAGCAAAGCUGCAGGAUUGGCCACUAUGAUCGCAGCAAUGAGGCCUGAUAUUGAUAAUAUCGACGAGUACGUGAGAAACACCACCGCUAGGGCUUUCAGUGUGGUGGCGUCUGCACUGGGAAUUCCUGCGUUGUUGCCGUUUCUUAAAGCCGUCUGUCAGAGCAAGAAGUCUUGGCAGGCUCGACACACGGGUAUCAAAAUUGUGCAGCAGAUUGCCAUUCUUAUGGGAUGUGCAGUGCUUCCUCAUUUGAAAUCACUUGUGGAAAUCAUUGAACAUGGUUUGAACGAUGAAAACCAAAAGGUCAGAACUAUUACUGCUUUGUCUCUAGCCGCGCUUGCUGAAGCAGCAGCUCCUUACGGUAUUGAGAGCUUCGAUUCUGUUUUGAAGCCGCUUUGGAAAGGUAUUCGGUCGCACAGGGGCAAAGUAUUGGCUGCAUUUUUGAAAGCAAUUGGAUUUAUCAUUCCUCUUAUGGACGCAAUGUAUGCUAACUACUACACCAAAGAAGUGAUGAUCAUCCUCAUCAGGGAGUUCCAGUCUCCCGAUGAAGAAAUGAAAAAGAUUGUACUGAAGGUCGUCAAACAAUGUGUAAGCACAGAGGGAGUGGAAGCAAGUUAUAUCAGGCAAGAGAUUCUUCCUGAGUUUUUCCGUAACUUUUGGGUUCGAAGAAUGGCUCUUGAUCGCAGGAACUAUCGGCAGCUGGUUGAUACUACCGUUGAGAUCGCAACCAAAGUGGGCGUUGCGGAUAUCGUUGGAAGAGUUGUUGAGGAUUUGAAGGAUGAGAGCGAACCUUAUCGUCGAAUGGUGAUGGAAACCAUCGAGAAAGUGGUUGCUAACCUUGGGGCUUCAGAUAUCGAUGCUCGACUUGAGGAACUGUUAAUUGAUGGCAUUUUGUAUGCCUUUCAGGAGCAGACAAGCGAUGAUGCAAAUGUGAUGCUUAAUGGCUUUGGGACAGUAGUUAAUGCUUUAGGACAAAGAGUCAAGCCCUAUUUGCCACAGAUUUGUGGUACCAUCAAGUGGAGGCUCAACAAUAAAAGCGCUAAAGUGCGGCAACAAGCAGCCGAUCUUAUUUCUCGCAUUGCAGUUGUGAUGAAGCAAUGUCAUGAAGAACAAUUGAUGGGGCAUCUUGGAGUAGUCUUGUACGAGUAUUUGGGUGAAGAAUAUCCGGAAGUUCUUGGUUCUAUUCUGGGGGCGUUGAAGGCUAUAGUGAACGUUAUCGGUAUGACAAAGAUGACUCCUCCAAUCAAGGAUUUAUUGCCUCGACUAACUCCAAUUCUUAAAAACAGGCAUGAAAAGGUACAAGAAAAUUGCAUUGAUUUGGUUGGUCGGAUUGCUGAUAGAGGAGCGGAGUUUGUUCCUGCACGUGAAUGGAUGAGGAUCUGUUUUGAACUGCUCGACAUGCUGAAGGCUCAUAAGAAAGGAAUUCGGCGGGCGACUGUGAAUACCUUUGGAUACAUUGCCAAGGCAAUUGGGCCCCAGGAUGUGUUAGCCACAUUGCUCAACAAUCUUAAGGUGCAGGAAAGGCAGAACCGUGUGUGUACUACUGUGGCUAUUGCCAUAGUGGCUGAAACUUGCUCUCCUUUCACUGUGCUUCCGGCAUUGAUGAAUGAAUAUCGGGUCCCAGAAUUGAAUGUUCAGAACGGUGUGUUGAAAUCACUCUCCUUUUUAUUCGAAUACAUCGGAGAGAUGGGGAAGGACUAUAUCUACGCUGUGACUCCACUCUUGGAAGAUGCAUUAAUGGAUCGAGAUCUCGUCCAUAGGCAGACAGCUGCUUCAGCUGUGAAGCAUAUGGCUUUGGGGGUUGCAGGACUUGGGUGUGAGGAUGCUUUGAUUCACUUGCUGAACUAUUUAUGGCCCAAUAUCUUCGAGACAUCGCCUCACGUUAUUAAUGCAGUAAUGGAGGCUAUUGAAGGCAUGCGGGUCGCCUUGGGGCCCACUAUUUUGUUGAAUUAUUGCUUGCAGGGCCUGUUUCAUCCUGCGAGAAAAGUCAGAGAAGUAUACUGGAAGAUUUACAACUCUCUUUAUAUUGGUGCUCAAGAUGGCUUAGUGGCUGCCUACCCCGUUUUGGAAGACGAAGGAGAGAACAUCUACAGCAGACCGGAGCUGAAAAUGUUUCUAUGAGUUUCCGGUAGAGGUUUUGAUUUCAGGACAAUGAUAAUCAGUAAAUAUGGUCAUUACAAUGACAGCUGGAUUUUCUGUCAUUCAAAAAAAAUUCCCCGACUACGUGUGCCUUCUAGAGGACUAGACUAGAUGCUAGUGUUAGAAUCCUACCUGAAGACUAAUUUGUAAUUGUGAAGAUACGUUUGUUGCAGAACGGACCUUGCAAACUAUAAGCGUAGAUGCAGGAACUCAGGCUGGUACUCAUAGUUGUUUUGGUUGGUGUCUAGAUGUGAGUGAUGAUGCACGUGCUUGGGGGCUAGGAGCUGGCAUAUUAGCAUCUGAGCAUGCUACCGCAAGCUAAUGUUUGAUGAAUAUGAGCUAUUCUCACUGUACGAUGUAGUGUUUCUCAGAUCUUGAUGUCCCUAGUCAAUGUACAUCUCACGACGUUGUACCUGCUUUUUUCAUGUAUAGUACUUCUUGAACAUUUUCUUUCUCA